GAUUUCUUCCUUGCUCUCCUUCCGAUUCUUCCAAACCCGCUGUGUUGCCGUCUGCUCCUUCUCCCCCUACCAGUUCGCAUUUUAGCCGUUGCUGCCGGGAUUCCAGCCUCUGACCGACGCUCAAAGACUCCAGCAGCCGCCGUCGUCGGAAAUCAUUCAAGAGCUAGAAGAGAAGAUGGUGAGCGCGCCCAAUUAGAUGCCUCUUUUCCCCCUCUCUUUUCAAAAUUGGGAAAAAUGAUGUUACAAUGCUGCGGCGGUUCUUUGGCACAAACUUCAACUCCAUCUUUUUCACCAUGGUUUAAGCUCCAGUGUCUUUCCAAGGACUUAUAUUUGUCCCAAAAAAGCUUGAAUAAAGGAAAAAGGAAGAAGUACGGUGGCGUUUUGCCGGUGAUUUUGCGGGAAUUGGAGGGCAGGAGAGAUGUUGAAACCCUUCUCGAUUCCUAUUGCGGGAAGCUCAAUCCCAAGGAGCAAACUUUGAUUCUCAAAGAGCAGAGUAGGUGGGAUAAGGUAAUUAGGGUGUUUAAUUGGUUUAAAUCCCAGCAAGAUUAUGCCCCAAAUGUGAUACAUUACAAUGUGGUGCUUCGCUCAUUGGGUAGGGCUCAGAAAUGGGAUGAGCUGCGCCUCUGCUGGAUCGAGAUGUCCGAGAAGGGUGUUGUGGCCACGAACAACACGUAUGGGAUGCUUGUGGAUGUGUAUGGGAAGGUAGGGCUGGUGAAGGAGGCUCUUUUGUGGAUCAAGCACAUGAAACUAAGGGGGGUCUUCCCCGACGAGGUCACAAUGUCCACUGUCAUUAAGGUGUUGAAGGAUGCGGGCGAGUUUGAUAAGGCGGAUAAGUUCUAUAAGGAUUGGUGUGUUGGGAGAGUUGAGCUGGAUUAUCUAGAUUUUGAGAGUGAUGAGGAAGCUUUGAGUUUGAAGCAGUUCUUGCUGACUGAGCUCUUCCGAAGUGGGGGGAGAUCGCGAGAUUUUGGUGGCGUGGAGGAGAGUGAUGUGACAAGGAAGCCGCGCCUGACGACUACUUACAACACGCUCAUUGAUUUGUAUGGGAAGGCGGGGCGUUUGGAGGAGGCUGCUGGUGUGUUUUCUGAUAUGUUGAAGGCCAGUGUGCCAUUGGAUGCUUUCACUUUUAACACUAUGAUUUUCAUAUGUGGGAGUGAGGGGCAUUUGUCUGAGGCAGAGGCUUUGCUUGAUGCAAUGGAGGAGAGAGGUAUUAGACCGGAUACAAAGACGUGUAACAUUUUUUUGAAACUUUAUGCUGAUUUAGGGGAUGUAGAUGCAGCUCUAAGGUGGUUUAGGAAGAUUAGGGAGUUUGGUCUUUUCCCCGAUGAUGCAACACAUAGGGUUGUGAUCAAGAUUUUGAGUGAGCGUAAUAUGGUUGAAGAAGUUGAAUUUGUGAUCCAAGAAAUUGAGAGGUUCGGGAAAUGUGUUGAUCAGAGUUCUCUGCCAUUGCUUGCUAAGAUGUAUGUUGGUGUUAGGAUGAAUGAGAGAGUGAAGUUGUUGAUUGAGAGGGUGAAGUCCCGUGGUGGAUUUUCAUCGAGGAUUUAUGCAGCUCUCCUCGAUGUUUAUGCUGAGAACGGGCUUUGGGCUGAAGCUGAGGCUUUGUUUUAUGGCGAGAGGGAUGGAUUUGGGCAGAAGAGGGAUGUGUUGGAGUAUAAUGUGAUGAUCAAAGCUUAUGGUAAGGCUCAAAUGUACGACAAAGCAAACUCUCUUUUCAAGAGCAUGAGGAAUCAAGGAACGUAGCCGGAUGAGUGCACGUACAACUCUAUUAUCCAGAUGCUUGCUGCAGGUGGUUUAGUGGACAGAGCAAGGGAAUUCUUGAAUGAAAUGAUGGAUGCAAGACUUAAGCCUUCAUGCUUGACGUUCUCUGCCGUGAUUGCUAGGUUUGCAGAGAAGAAAAGCUUCUCUAUUGCAAUUGAUGUGUUGCAAGAGAUGCUUCUGUUAGAUGUGAGACCUAACGAGAUCGUGUAUGGCUCGUUGAUCAAUGCGUUUGCAGAGGAUGGGAAGCUUGAGGAAGCAAAUGUGUACUUCAAGACCAUGGAGGACUCUGGGAUUUCUCCUAACCAAGUGAUCUUGACUUCAAUGAUCAAGGCUUAUGGUAAAAUCAGAUCCGUUGAGGGGGCGAGGGGGAUGUAUGAGAGGAUGCAGAUGCUCGAUGGGGGCCUGGAUAUCGUGGCAUCUAACAGCAUGCUGAAUGUGUAUGCUGAAUUGGGGAUGCUUUCUGAGGCGGAGGCAAUGUAUGAUCAUCUGAGGGAGACGGGUUUGGCCGAUGGGGUCACCUUUGCUACCAUGAUGCUCGUCUACAAGAACAUGGGGAUGCUCGACUCAGCCAUUGAGGUAGCGGAGCAGAUGAGGGAGUCGGGUUUCUUGAGAGACUGUGUUGGUUACAACAAAGUCAUGGCAUGCUAUGCUGCACAUGGACAGCUUGUCGAGUGUGGCAAGCUUUUGCACGAGAUGGUGGUGGUGGGGAAGGUCGCCCCAAACAAGAAGACAUUCAAGGUCCUCUUCACGGUCUUGAAGAAGGGCGGUGUCCCGGCUGAGGCUGUGCGCGACCUACAAACAUCCUACUACGAGGGCAGGCCGUUUGCCAAGCAGGCGGUGUUGACUUCGGCUUUCUCCAUUGUGGGGUUGCACGCCUACGCUCUCGAGUGGUGCGGGAUUUUUAGGAAGGAGGAAGUAGGGUUGAGGUCGAACGCUUCUGCUUACAAUGCUGCUAUCCGGGCCUACGUUGCUUACGGGAGGAUAGAUGACGCAUUGAAGAUGUUCAUGAGGAUGCAGGACGAAGGGGUCGAGCCCGAUGUUGUGACGUUGAUCAAUCUCGUGCAUUGCUAUGGGAGAGCUGGGAUGGUCGAGGGGGUGAAGCGCGUGCACAGCCAGUUGAAACACGGGGAGGUCGCGCCUAGUGAGGCGCUGGUGAAGGCGGUGGUCGAGGCUUACAAGAACAUGAAACGGCUUGAUCUUGCGGAGCUGAUCACGCAGGAGAUGAAGCUUGUUUCUGAGUUUGAGCAGUUUGCAGAUUGUGGAAGCGAAGAUAUUGAUGAAAGAGAUAUAUCUUUAGCUUGUGGAAGUGAUGGUGAUGAUCUAAAAUAUUGAUAGAAAUACAUGUUGUAAUUGUUAUUUAAGAAUUUUGUGUAUUUGUAGCUCAAAUUUUACUAUUUCACCUCAGCACAAUGUAGAUUUACCUAUGUAUAGAUUGUGAAAGUAAUGCAAUGAUUUUGAAUCUUGAUGGAACAGGAUACAUUUUUUCA